UAGUGCAGAGAGCUACGGGUCGGUAGUGGUCGGUAGUGGUCGGUGAAUGCAUGGUUUCCACCGAUAAAGCCCGACUUGUCACCGCUAAACGGGUAACAUUGGCUGUCCAAGGCUGUAUGCGCCAGGGUUAAUCUUCGAAAAGUAGCACAACCAUGGGCGUGGAAGUCGAAACAAUAUCCCCCGGUGAUGGAAGAACAUUUCCAAAGAAGGGUCAGACAUGUGUUGUUCAUUACAUAGGUAUGUUGCAGAAUGGAAAAAAGUUUGACUCUUCUCGAGAUAGGAACAAGCCCUUCAAGUUCAAGAUUGGACGAAUGGAGGUUAUUAAAGGCUGGGAAGAAGGAGUAGCACAGAUGAGCCUGGGCCAGAGGGCUAAAAUCACCUGCACACCAGAUAUGGCUUAUGGAGCGACAGGCCACCCCGGGGUCAUCCCUCCGAACGCCACACUUAUAUUUGAUGUGGAACUGCUCAAGCUUGAGUGAUGCCUCGGCUGAAAUACGAAGGUUAAAGGUUACAGAGGCUGCGUUCGCCACAACCUGUUUCCACAGGGAGACCAUACCCGGCUGCUGCCUCCUACCAUCCACCUGCUCUUCUUCUCUUUGAUUUCUACAGUCUUCUUCAGUUCAAUAUUUAAACGUAUCUACUGCUGCUUUGUUGCGAUAUUGUAAUAAUAGAUACUGCAAGACAAUUUUCACGUCAUGUGAGACUCUUUCCACACAUGCACCACAUUUUGGUUUCUGUU